AUGUCGCUGGUGCUUGCGCUGGCGCUUGGGGUUUAUGUCAGCAAUCGCCUGCUCACUCACUGGCUCCUGGUGAGUGGUCUGGAGCAGAACUAUGCUGACCAGCAAACCGAUAUCCAGACCGCUCUGGCAACUUACGCUGUUGAGCUCGAACCGCAGUCCAGCCAGAAGCUUGAAGGAUUACGCCUUUCACCACCUGCCGAAAGCAGCGCUGCCGCCCGGAUGUCUGGUGAAACACGCGAAAAAUUCCAAAAGAUGCUGGCACGGCAUCAUGCUGACUCGAUCAUUCUGAACCAGGCGCUUGUCUAUCCGGCGGGCGCGUCCGCCGAAAAUCCGAACCUUCCGGAUUUUGCGCAGAUAGAUUGGCUCGCAAAGAAUGAACUUACGUCUGUUCGCACCCUCAAUCACGCCUGGGCCGCCUUCAAUUCGGACCGGGCCCUGACCGUUGUUCCGGACAUGACCUGGCUCGGAGCGUUCGGUUCCAAUGCCAUUGUCGUCUACAAUCCGAAACGAGCGGAUGUCGUCGAACCCAGUCUCGUUCUGCUGGUGACGCAAACGGGUAUUCUGGAAAACCUUUCAGGAUUGAUCUGGUCAAUCAGCGCGGCAAUCGGCGUGCUGUGCCUGCUCUCCUUCGCGUUGGCCGCCAUUCUGCUCUGGAUGCGAUUUUAUGAUCAGGUCCGCACGAACAGUAACAUUCAGUACCUUGCCCAUCAUGACACUCUGACGGGCCUGCCAAAUCGGGCUGUGUUCAAUGCCAGGCUCGCUGGAGCACUGCGUAGUGCACAGGCCAAGGCGUCGAAUGUCGGCGUCAUGCUGAUCGAUGUCGACAAGUUCAAGGAAAUCAACGAUACGCACGGUCACGGUAUUGGAGAUGUAUUUUUGCAGAUCGUCGCUGAACGCUUGCAGACGGUCUUCCACAAACACCUUGUGGCACGCCUGUCAGGUGACGAGUUUGCAGUUUUGUUGACAUCGAUCUCAGAUCCGGCACGCAUGACGCGACUUGCCACAGACAUGAUUGCAGCGACUUCCGCACCCUGCAUUAUCGAUGGCAAGGAUAUCAAGCUUUCGCUCUCCAUUGGCAUUGCGCGUGCCACAGACGGUUCCUGGCGGGUUUCCCGUCUUCUUCACUGCGCGGACCUUGCGCUUUAUCAUGCCAAACACAACGGUCGGUCCACAUUCUCCUGGUAUACGCCCGGUCUGGACGCGGAAGCCCAAAAGCGACAGGAAGUCGAAAACGGGCUCGCCAAGGCACUCAAACUUGACCAGUUCAAGCUCGUCUACCAGCCACAAUACGCGCUGCGCGACGGUACGCUGCGAGGUUACGAAGCUCUGGUUCGCUGGGAGCACCCCACCAAAGGGGAAAUCCGACCCGAUCUUUUCAUCCCGAUCGCUGAAGACUGCGGUCUGAUCGACGAAAUCGGCACCUGGGUGUUGAACCACGCGUGCCGGGAAGCAAUGCUUUGGGAAGAUCAGAGCAAAAAGGUAGCGGUCAAUGUUUCAGUUGGGCAGUUCGUCGCCGGUGAAACACAGAAAAGAGUGGCGCAGGCGCUGAACAAGUCCGGACUUAACCCGAGGCGCCUGGAAAUCGAAAUCACCGAGAGCCUGCUCAUAUCCAACACGGAAGCCGUGAUCGAGACGCUGCGUCAGAUCCACGACAUGGGCGUUUCAAUCGCUAUGGAUGACUUCGGUACGGGAUAUUCGUCACUGAGCUAUCUCAGUCUCUUCCCGUUCGACAAGAUCAAGAUCGAUCAGGCCUUCAUCCAGAACCUCGGCAAGGACACGAGCACGGAUGCCAUCGUCACAUCCAUCGUGGGACUGGGUCGGUCCCUGAACGUGACCAUCACGGCCGAGGGAGUAGAGACGGAAGAACAGGCCAUUCUCCUGAGCGCCGCUGGCUGUGAUCUCGUGCAAGGCUAUAUGUUCGGCAAACCGGGCACCGUGGCAAAGCACGAAGCCGCCUACCCGAUCUUCCCUCACAAUGAGGAAGGCGGAUUUUGGUUUCCGCAAAAACGGAAGCAAGUCCUGCCGCCGCCAAAAAUUUCGCUUUCGCCCCAACUUGCGCAAUACGCAACGCUUGCCGCUCCGGAAGAAACUUCAGAAGAAGAAAACGAGACAGCGACCGUUUGA